AUGUCGCACGUCACGGCGGACCUGGAGUAUUUUAAAUGUGACAUGUGCGGGGUGUAUCUGCACAAAGACAUCUUUUGCGACCAUCGACGUGAGUGUAAAGGCCUUGAUUCGAAAGAGCUGAAGAAGAGCCAGUGUCGUCAGAUCGGGAUGGCAUUAGACAAGGAGGCACGGCACCGAAUUGCGUCACGAAUGGCUGAUGGAGCAACUCUCGUGCCUGUCGAGCUUGCAGAACGACAUCAACAGGCGCGUGUGCGGCGUAAUGUGGCGAAUUCUUACCAAGCUGAGAUAGAUAAAAGGCUGCAGGAGCAGCUUGCCCCUGAGAGGAUGAAGGCUCUUUCCACAUUUCUUUGGGAGUGA